GUCUGUAUAAAGCUGACAGAGUUUAUUUCAGCACAACAGCUUCUGAUUCCUGCAGCAGUUCCUGAGAUCAGGUACUACGUCUCUCAGCGCAAAGAACAGUUAUGGAGGUAACACGGCUAUUGUCGCUGUUGGCUUCUCUGACCCUUAUUCUCUACUGGACAACCUCCUUAGCUCAGUCACAUGACCUCCCCUCUUCUGACCUUUCACCAGCCUACAGGGUGAAGAGGGACCAGCCCUUUGAGAACAGAGAAAAGGUUAAAGAGACCUUCCAGGCCAUAACCGAUGCUCUGUCUCUGGUCAAAGACCUUUCGGAAGUGGUUGAUGUCCUGAAGAAGCUCUCCAAAUUUGCUAGUGUGGCUCCUGGCGCCGUUGGUGUGAUCUUCUCUGUGGUCAACAUGGUCUUAAUCUUCAUUCCUCAGCAUGACCCGGUGCUGAGCGCAGUGAAUGAAGGGUUUGCUGAGGUGAACAGGAAGUUGGACUCUCUCUCCCUCCAGGUCUCCAACCUGGCCACAGAUGUGGAGUGGUUCAACUACGCCAGCGUCUACUCUCAGGAUGAGCUCCGCAUCCUCAGCGCCUGGAGGAAGUUAAAUGAGUUACGUGACAACAGUAUGUCGGCACAAACUCAGGAGGAAAAACAGCGACAGGCAGAAAUAUUCAUCAACUACUAUGAGUACACAGGAACUGAGGCCAGUGUGGCCAACUUGUACCAUUACCUGACAGUCAGCAGCACGUCUCUCAGCGCAAACCUGAACCAGCUGCUGAGGAAGAAGUUUAAAUGUGACAUUCGCCAGAUCGGCAAAUAUAACUUCUAUUUCAACACCCUGCUGUUAAGGGGAAUCGUGCUAAACAAGAUCUACUGGAAAAUGAUUGGUCUGAACCCACCAUACACAGAAGCCAAACACGCCGAGAUGUUCAAGAAGGUCUACCAAGCUCAGAAAUCUGCUUUUGAGUUCUGCAUAGUCAACUAUGAGGACUACGUGAAGACAGUUGCACAGGAGAAAAGCACAGCAAUCAGUCCUGACAACAAAAAUGACAUUGCUGUAAAGGUGAAACAGGAGCUGGAUAACAAGUACGACUGGUACAACUGGGUAGUGCUGGUGUACAACACAGCCGAUGAUGGAUAUUACACACUAAACAGUCUGACUAAGGUCCACGUGGGCAAGGUCACUGUUGCUGUUGGCAACAUACAGAAAGCGGAUGUGGUGUGGAAAGACGAAAUUAUGAAUGCAGCCAGAAGAUGCUUUACAAAUUGUGACGCCAAGACCACAAUAGAUCAAUGCAAGAUUAAAGACGAUAUAGACAUUUCUACUGGUUUGGGUGAUGAAAUAUUGACUUAUCCUUUUACAAAGUUUGCUAAAGUGGCAUAUUCACAUUCUACCAGUUAUACAGAUUUUGUUGAGCUCCCAGCACCUCUUGGAAAAACAUUGUGUGGGUGGUCAUAUGAGCUAUCUGUACAUUCCUCCAGGUCCAUACCUGUCUGCAAUAAUCCCCAAUGUCAGAACGGUGGACGGUGCACAAGGCUGGCGGAUUCCAACCUUAGUCUGUGUGAUUGUGAGGAUGGAUACUUCGGAGACCACUGUGAAAACAGAAUGGACACAAAUGAGGUCCAGAGGAUUCUGUCUCAAUACCCUGUGCCCACUAUUAUCACCCCCAGUGUCAGACUGAAAAUGAUACAGUCCAAACUGGAACAGGUCUUCAACUGUGUCAACACCAGAUGUGGUUAGCAGCAGAUACCUGUAGACGGACAACAGCAACAACCACUUCCUUCCAACUGACAAAGUAAACACACAUUGAGUGACUGAGAACAGCAACAUGCAGGAGUAAAUCAAACAAUCAAUCAAUCAAAGUUCUUCAAGCUACAGCCAGUUGGCUCCAAAGUCCAAAAAAUCAGAAAUGGUAGAAUGGCUGACCACAGGUUAUAAUAUUGGUGAUAUUUUGGUGAGUUAGCCACAAACUCUGUACAGUUUCAUUAAUCAUAACAAUCUUCAACUGAAUUAUGCCUCAGUCUGAACUUUAACAGUAUGUGUGAAGAUAUGGGACAUCAUUUGAUGACUGUGUGGAGGCAGACAUUGAAAGAUGUAUAUUUAUCCCAAUGCUGCAGGUAAAAAUUAAUACGUCUUCCUUAAACAUAAGUUUCAUAAAUGAUCAACCUGAUGUUGUUAUAGUGCCACCAUGUGAUCAGCUAAUGUAGUUUUUGCAGUCUGAGGGUAAGAUGUUAAAUGUCUGUCGGAAAGUCAAAAAUAAUCUGAAUUAUUAAAUAAUUCCCCAAUAAAAUCAAA